GUGUUUCCUGCGUGUUGGUUUCUUUUUUAUUCGGCGACCUCAACGCUUCCCCCCCCCCUCCUCCUCUCUGCGAAGCACCAUCUCUUUUCACAACAUCAAAAAAGGCAAAUCAAGACAAUGCCCGCACAAAUCAUCGACGGUAAGGCCAUCGCGGAAGCGAUCCGCAACGAACUGAAGGCGGAGGUAGCUGCCCUAAAAGAGACGCGCAGUGGCAAGGUGCCUGGUCUGGCCGCCGUCAUCGUGGGCCAACGGAAAGACUCACAGAAGUACGUGCAACUGAAGCACAAGGCCGCUGCAGAGGUAGGCAUGGCGAGCUUCAACGUCGAGUUACCGGAGGACGUGUCACAGGCGGUGCUGGAGGCCAGCGUGGAGGAGUUGAACCAGAAUCCCAACUGCCACGGCAUCAUCAUCCAGCUCCCUUUACCGAAGCACCUGGACGAAAACAAGGCAAUCGAGAAGAUUCACCCCGACAAGGACGCAGACGCGCUGUUGCCCGUCAACGUUGGCCUGCUCCACUGCAAAGGUCGUGAGCCCCUCUUCACGCCCUGCACGGCCAAGGGCGUCGUUGUACUGCUGCAGCGGUGCGGUAUUGCGAUGAAGGGCAAGCGAGCGGUGGUGCUGGGGCGCAGCAACAUCGUCGGCGCCCCGGUUGCGGCGCUGCUCAUGAAGGAGAACGCGACGGUGACCGUUGUGCACUCCGGCACCGCGCAGGCGGACAUGGUCGAUUACCUCAGCAAGGCCGACAUCGUCAUCGCGGCGAUGGGACAGCCCGGGUACGUGCAGGGGGAGUGGAUCAAGGAGGGAGCUGCGGUUGUCGACGUGGGCACCACACCUGUCAACGACCCGACCAAGAAGGCCGGCUAUCGUCUUGUCGGUGAUGUGUGUUUUGAGGAGGCAGCCGCCCGUGCGGCGUGGAUUUCGCCGGUGCCUGGCGGGGUGGGACCCAUGACAAUCGCGAUGCUGCUGCACAACACGCUUUCCGGGUUUAAGCUGUCUGUCGGGGAGCUGUAA